AUGGGGCUGGACAAGGUCAAGCACAUCGUGCUGGUGCUGUCCGGCAAGGGCGGCGUCGGCAAGUCGUCGGUCACGACGCAGCUCGCCCUCUCCCUCUCCCUCGCCGGUCACUCGGUCGGCAUCCUCGACGUCGACCUGACUGGCCCGUCGAUCCCGCGCAUGCUGUCCAUCGAGUCGGCCAAGGUCACCCAAGUCCCCGGGGGCUGGGCACCGGUGCUCGUCCACGAGGCCGACCCCGCCAAGGGCAUCGGGGGCUUGCAUGCCAUGAGUCUUGGCUUCCUGCUUGCCCGGAGGGGCGAUGCCGUCGUCUGGAGGGGUCCCAAGAAGACGGCCAUGAUACGGCAGUUCCUCCGCGACGUGCUCUGGGACGAGACGGACUACCUACUCAUUGACACGCCGCCGGGGACGAGCGACGAGCACAUCUCGCUGGCCGAGACGCUGCAGGCCGAAGCCCGGCCGCAUCAGGUGUCGGGGGCCGUUGUCGUCACAACGCCGCAGGCCGUUUCCACGUCGGACGUGCGCAAGGAGCUCAACUUUUGCCUCAAGACGGGCAUCCGCGUGCUGGGCGUCGUCGAGAACAUGAGCGGCUUCGUCUGCCCGCACUGCUCCGAGUGCACAGACAUUUUCGGCUCGGGCGGCGGACGGUCCAUGGCCGACGAGUUCAAAGUGCCGUUUCUGGGCUCCGUGCCCAUGGACGCGCAGUUCAUCGCGCUGCUGGAGGAGGGGCGGAGGCCGCAGUACCCGGAGGGCACGAUGAUAGACGGCCACGACAUGUCCGGGGGCCGAGACCCGGGACGACCAGGGGGCGACGACGGUGCCCUCGUCGACAAGUACACAGACUGCGCCCUGUCGUACGUGUUCAGGGACCUGGCGGCCAAGCUGGGAAACGCCGUGGCGGAGCCGGCGGUGACGUGA